AUGACUUCUCCCAUGUCUUCCAAAUACGCUAUUUACCAAAGCGACAAUGCCAUUCGUGCGAAGGGUCCUAUUGGUGAUGAUGCUCCCAUGCGUUUAAGAAUGGAAGCCUAUGUCAAGGAUCUCCAGAGACGUAUCUGCGAAGGUAUUGAGGAAGUCGACGGUAAGGGUAAAUUCAUCCGUGAUGCCUGGCAAAGACCUGAAUUUGGCGGUGAGGGCAUUACCUGUGUCAUGCCUGGUGGUGAUGUGAUGGAGAAGGCUGGUGCCGCGGUCUCUGUUGUCUACUCUGAGCUCUCUCCUGAAGCUAUCCGUCAAAUGCGUGAAGACCGUGGUAAGGAUAUUGAUUGUGAAGGUACUGUUCCUUUCUUUGUUACUGGUAUCUCUCUUGUCAUGCACGCCAAGAACCCCAAUGCUCCUACUGUUCAUUUGAACUAUCGUUAUUUUGAAGUCAUGAACCCUGAUGGUACUCCCAAGUUCUGGUGGUUUGGCGGUGGAGCUGAUUUGACUCCUGUCUAUCUCUAUGAAGAAGAUGCUGUCUUCUUCCAUCAAAUCUACAAGGAAGGGUGUGAUAAGUUUGACAAGGCCUACUACCCUGAAAUGAAGAAGGCUUGUGAUAAGUACUUUUUGAAUGCUCAUCGUGGCGAGGAACGUGGUAUUGGUGGUGUCUUCUUUGAUGAUUUUAACUCUAAGCCUGCUGAAGAAAUCUUUUCCUUUAUCAAGGAGCUCGGUGAUCGUUUCUUACCUUCUUAUGUCCCUCUCUUGCAAAAGCGUAAGGACAUGCCUUUCACCGAUGAAAUGGUUCACUGGCAACAAAUCCGUCGUGGUCGCUAUGUUGAAUUCAACUUGAUUUGGGAUCGUGGUACCAAGUUUGGUCUUGCUACUCCUUGUGCUCGUGUCGAAGCUAUCAUGAUGACUAUGCCUCUUACCGCUCGUUGGGAAUACAUGUAUGAGCCCAAAGAAGGUUCCAGAGAAGCUGCUCUCGUCGAAGUUUUAAAGAACCCUAGAGAUUGGAUCCCCCUCAACUAG